UUGCUUGUCGCUAUGUUGCACAAAAUGUUGUAAUCGCGUUCGCCGUCAACCAGUAACGAACGUGUACUUUUUCUUUUAAAUAAACAUCGACAAUUCUUUAUCAUGAGCACGUUGCGUUGGUUAACAAAACACGCGUGCGUAACGUUAAAAUCAACUUAGUUAACACUUUACAACCAACGUCAUAACCUACCUGAACUUUUUCAGUCUACGGUAGGUGGGUAUGAAUCACGUAGUUUAUCAAUUAGAACUUUUGAGCUUUAAAUUCCCGGAAGUGACGCAAUCGUCGUUGAGCUAGUAGUAUGUGCACGCAGCCAAUAUUAUCCAUGUAGUAGCGUCCCGUUAUCUUAGUCCUACCGAAGGACCUAGUGCUGUUUAUCGAGUAUUUAUUAUUUAGUCGCAUAGAACUUCAGACUUACGGCACCAAUCGCCAGUACUUUACGUUUCACUGUACAAUUUCUUUUCUCUCGAAGUUUCCAGAAGAACGUUGACGGUGACAAACGUGAAUCGGUUGGCACUGUCUUUCCUUCUCGGAAGAUUUGAUGUAAGAGAUCACGGCAAGGUAUGUUUCGUAUCCCAAAAACAACAAUGCCUGUGACUACUACAGUCACAAAGAAACCAAAGCAAACACAGGCUUGUUUAUAUGCAUCAUACGAAUGUACACAACCUUGUCUCGAAGGAUAUAAUUAUUGUUCCAAACAUAUUCUUGAGGAUUCAACUGCGCCAUUCAAACAAUGUGGCUUUGUUUAUAAUACUAACGGCAGAAAAUGCCAAAACCCAGCACCAAAGUUAGAUAGAAGAGAUAUUUCGUAUUGUACAGAACACGCAAGGAAAGCUCAAAUAGCACGCAUAAAGUCAACGUCGCGCCAUUCUUUACCGCAAACACCAGAAAUGCUCUUACUUAAUUUAAGUCAUUACGUUAAACCGAUCGAUUCGAGUACCGAAGAUACGGAAGACGAUGACGGAAAAGUCAAAGCAUUAGAUCCGUUCACCGAAGUCGAUGCGUUUAGAGUAAAUGCAAGCGGAUGCGAUAUUUUAGAUUAUGCAAGUUCUUCGGACAGUGACGUUGAACCCACUGUGGUGAGCGAUACUUUAAGAGGAAGUUAUUUAGACGACAGCGAUAACGACAGUUUAUACAGCGCUCAAGAAGAUCCCUUAAAGCAUGCCGGGAUUUUUACGGCUGAGGAGGUGAUAUAUAUUGCACGAGAAAAACUGAUCAGGUUACAGUCACUUUAUAUAGAACAGUUUAGGAGGUUGCAAUAUACGCUCAAAGAAAAAAGACGAAAGUAUUUACACGCUCUUAAAAAAGAAAAAGAAACAUUGUGUAGCAUACACGAUCAACCAAAAGAAACUGCUAAAGAGAAAAAGAUUUACGAGAAAUUGAAAGCUUUAAAUCGAUACCAUAGACGUAGCGGAGUCGAAGCUAUACUGUACAGAAAAUCAUUAGAACGUAGAGUGACUGAAGGAUCUACACAAAAAAUACCUAGUGUAUCGAAAUGUAUCUUUACGGAAGGCGGAGUGAAAUGCGGGGAAAGAACUCUUCCUGCCGCGAAACAUUGUCGCAAACAUAUUCUUAAAGAUCAACAUCAAGUUUUAUUUAAAGCAUGCGGAGCAGUACGAGCAGAUAUAGAAUGCCACGAGCCUGUACCUGUAAUUUUUGAUACAAAUUGUGUAUUUCAUAUGAAUCUACCAAGCGAAUGUAAAUUAGAAUCGAUGAAGUUUAAAGAAUCCAAACCUGAACCACCGGAAAUAUCAAUAACAGAUAGUCAGUCUAUGGAAAUUGAUGUAGUAGGCGAAAUUCAAGAAAUUGAUCCGGAUGAUGACAUGGCUGGAUUAAUGAGAGAAAUGAGCGAUGCCGCGCACAUAAAACCAGCGUUUAACGAAAGCUUGAACAGCGAAGCUAGCACGGAUACUGCGUUUAGUUUGUCAGCCCAGAUGAGCGAUAGAGAUGACCCUGUUUCUGAGAUUGCAUGAUUCAACGCCGGUAACACACUUUAAAAUGUGUUAAUUACUUUCAUUUAUUAAAUGUCUACACGCAGAAGGAAAUAUUUGAUAUCGGAGGCGCGUAUUGUGUGAUAAUAAAAUAUACAUUAAUGUAAAUUUAUUGUAGAGUAUAAUUUCCGUUUGUAAAUAUAGUUCUCUAUUUGAU